CAGCCAGCAAAUAAAGUAUCCUAUACUUAAUGCAGCCUCCACAGUUUGCAAAACAGCAUCAUUUUAUUUGAUACUCACGAUAAACCUGUGGGCUGGGGCAAAACAUUUGCAAAAGGGAAACCUAGGCUCAGAGAGAUAAGGUGACUUAAGCAGGUCACACAGCUAGUAGGUGGUGGAGCUGAGUUUUGAAUCCCAUUCUUGUGCUUUUCUGAAAAGAUUGCUUUACUUCUCACUUAUAUUUCAGACUUGUAAAAUAAAACACGUGGAAGUUGGAUAAUUGAUAACACAAAUACAAUAGUUGGUACACUAGAUAAUGUUUCGUGAGUGCCUGUAAGCCAGGGAUCGGGGAAAGGGCUACUAUGUUUGGAUGGCAUGAGUCCUGCCUCCAGGGAGCUUUGUUUGAAACAGGUAAAGAAAUAUACAAGCAACAUAUGUACAUUAUUUUAUAACAAAAUGGAUGUAUUAGUACUUGUGGAUGCUGAAUAAAUGAGAGUCCUUUAUAGAAGUCUUUAUUAAAGAAAGGGGUUUUGAAUCAGAUCCUGAAGGAAAUGUACAAAGACUAAGGGAAGGGCAUUCAAGCCAGGUGCAGAGGCAUGGCGGGAGAAAAGAGAGAUGUUAGAGAGUCAGCUUCAGUAUGGUGGACUAUUAAUAAACAGAAAAUAACCCUUGUUUAUCACUUAUUUAAAAUCUACUCUGCAUAAGACAUAGUGUACAGCUGCAGUUACACUGGUGUGCAAAAGGGAAAGGUCCUUGCUUUCAUAUUGCUUAGAUUUUGCUGGGAGAGACUAAAUAUUGAUUGUUGGUAAUAAAAUAAUCAAACAAGUAUUUCAGAUUAUGAUAAUUACUUUGAAGGAAAAGGACAAGAUUCUAUGAGACUGUAUAGUACAGCAACACAAAUUAGAAUACUAGAGUGAUAUUUGAGCUGGUACAUGAAAGAGGAGGAGUUAACCAGGCAGAUAGUUUUGGUACAGGAAGCAGGGAAGGGAGUGGUGAGGACAAAGGGUGGAGCAUGUGCAGAGGUCUGGCGGGCACUGGAGGAACUAGAAAAAGGCCUGUGUGCCGGCAUUGUAAGAGUGGAGGGGUGAGUGGUAGAAGAUGGGGCUGGGAAGGGGGAACAAACUUGAUCAUAUUUUGGUCUUUAUUCCAAGAGCCUUGGGAAACUGCUGAAGUAUUUCAAGCAGGAAUGACGUGAUCAAAUCUUUCUUCUAAAAGGAUCACUUUGGCUGCAAUGCGGAGAAUGUUUUGGAGUGGGGAGUGAUAAGGGUUUUGGAGCAACCCCUCAGGAAGUUACUGUAGUGGUCCAGGCUGGAGAUGGUGGUGGCUUGGUGCAGGGUGGUGGCAGUGGAGGUGGAGAGGAGUGGGCGGUUUCCAUAGAGAUUUAGGAGAUGGAAUGUACAGGACUUGGUGACAUAUUAGAUAAUGGAGAAGCAAAUGGCAAGGAUGGUUACCUUGGCUACCAAGAUAAAGAACCUUGAAAAGGGAAGAAGAUGAAAUCGGCUUCCGAUAUCAGGCAGGCAGCUGGGUCUGUGGGUCAGAGGCUUAAGGAUGGCUGCAGCUCCUCCAAGUUACUGUUUUGUUGCCUUCCCUCCACGUGCUAAGGAUGGUCUGGUGGUAUUUGGGAAAAAUUCAGCCCGGCCCAGAGAUGAAGUGCAAGAGGUUGUGUAUUUCUCGGCUGCUGAUCAUGAACCGGAGAGCAAGGUUGAGUGCACUUACAUUUCAAUCGACCAAGUUCCGAGGACCCAUGCCAUAAUGAUAAGCAGACCCGCCUGGCUCUGGGGGGCAGAAAUGGGAGCCAAUGAACAUGGAGUGUGCAUAGCCAAUGAAGCCAUCAACACCAGAGAGCCAGCUGCCGAGAUAGAAGCCUUGCUGGGGAUGGAUCUGGUCAGGCUUGGUUUAGAAAGAGGGGAAACAGCUAAAGAAGCCUUAGAUGUCAUUGUCUCCUUGUUGGAAGAACAUGGACAAGGUGGGAAUUACUAUGAAGAUGCAAACUCCUGCCACAGCUUCCAAAGUGCAUAUCUGAUUGUGGAUCGUGAUGAAGCCUGGGUGCUCGAGACCAUAGGGAAGUACUGGGCUGCUGAGAAAGUCACAGAGGGAGUGAGGUGCGUUUGCAAUCGGCUUUCGCUCACCACUAAGAUGGAUGCAGAGCAUCCGGAACUCAGGAGUUAUGCUCAGAGCCAAGGUUGGUGGACGGGAGAGGGCGAGUUCAAUUUUUCCGAAGUCUUUUCUCCAGCUGAGGAUCGUCUAGACUGCGGUGCUGGCAAAGACAGCUUAGAAAAACAAGAAGAAAGCAUCACGGUGCAGACUAUGAUGAACACCUUACGGGACAAAGCCAGCGGAGUGUGCAUAGAUUCUGAGUCUUUCCUCACCACAGCCAGUGGAGUGUCUGUCCUGCCGCAGAACAGAAGCUCUCCGUGCAUUCACUACUUCACUGGGACCCCUGAUCCUUCCAGGUCCAUAUUCAAGCCUUUCAUCUUUGUUGACGACGUAAAACUUGUCCCCAAAACACAGUCUCCCUGUUUUGGGGAUGACGACCCUGCCAAAAAGGAGCCUCGGUUCCAGGAGAAACUAGACCGCCGGCAUGAGCUGUACAAAGCCCACGAGUGGGCACGUGCCGUCAUCGAAAGUGACCAGGAGCAAGGUCGCAAGCUGAGGAGCACCAUGCUGGAGCUGGAGAAGCAAGGCCUGGAAGCCAUGGAAGAAAUCCUGACCAGCUCCGAGCCCCUGGACCCUGCGGAAGUGGGGGACCUUUUCUAUGACUGUGUUGACACGGAGAUUAAGUUCUUUAAGUGAAGUAAGCAUUCCCCUUCCCCUUCUUAUUUAAGACUUCCCACCUUACUAAAUUACCAGCAAAACAAACCACUCUCCUGUUUGAGUAAAAUGAGAAAGUUAAGAUGUGGCCUCCUUUUCUGAAGCCAGAUCAAACUGUUACCUUGUGUUCCGCCUUGAAUCUCACAGCGUCCCCUUCUGCAAUGUAGGUCUCCUUCCUGUGCAGUGUAACAUGUAUCCCGUUGCCUGUUGUUCGGUUGUGUGACUAAUUGUGGAUUUUAAGCUGCUAUUAUUGUAUUUCAGUGGCAAUGGACACAUUAGCCUUUUAUAAGAGGACUAGAGUUCAUCAAGCCUUGAAAGGCAGGCUCCACAGUGCCAAGAUGGCGGGAACAGCAAAUUCUUUUGAAGUCUUAGUCUUUCCCUCAGUAGCGGUUUCUUUCAGGUUAACAAGAGGCAUUUGUGCACACACACAGGGCUUUUGUGUGUGUUGUCAAGGGGAACCUCCCUGGCCUCCCGUGAGUGCAUGCCUGUAGUGCACAGUGUCUCUACAGGUGUCUUCUGAGGGACAGAACCAAUGGGAAGGAAGAAAGGGACCCCUCUCCAGUCCUGGCUCCUUCCUACAUCCUGGGCUCCCGAAGAAGCUCUCUUCCCAUUUUCUGUGCACUCUGCUUAUGUGUGGUGGACUGCAGAGCUGCUUCUGCUUACAGAAGAGCUGAUAAUUUGUUAGCUGGAACCUAUUCACUUCCAAGAUUCAGACAUAGCCAUACUGGUGGCCUUCUGAAUCACUGCAUGGAUGUCCCAGGAGGCAGCUCUCCCUACACAGCAGCACAGCCACCACUGGAUUCCUUGUGUAGAAAUGAUCCCCAGUCUAGUUACCAACAGCUAGUCUAGGAGUAAUUGAAUGGCCCUAUGGCACAGUUCCACCCACAGAGUGGUGAAUCUCUCAGCCAACGAGGGAAAGAAAAGGAGGAACUCUUGACUAUUUAGAUUCUAGUUAAAUAGCUGGAAUCCUAGCAGUCACUACAUUAUCUCAGCAGAGAGACUUUAAUUAAACUGAUUUGUUUCCAAUGUCGGGUUCACUUAAAGGAUUUGACUUACCACCAGAGCAUAGACAAGCAUGCAAGGAAGACCAGAUGGACUUAGCAUUGGGAAGACAGAGGGCAAGGAGGCAACAGAUGGAUAUAGAAGCAUUUCUCUGCAGGAUACCAGUUCAGGCCCCACCCUUCCUGCCAAGCCCAUUACAUCCCACAAACCCAAAUACAAAGCAGCUGACCUCCCCGGAUCUUCCCCCCACUCCUCACACCCCACAUGUCCCAGGAGCUGCCUUCAUUCAGACGGGCAGCUGCACUAGGCAUGGGGUGGUGGUGGGGAGCUUACCGCCACCUAUUCAAACUCCCAGCCACUCCCGAAAUGGGCAGAGAUGAUGAACAGAAGUGUAUGUAAAUGCAGUAGCUAGUGGGAGAGCACCAGGUGGGCGUAAUCCUGCCUCGUCAUUCUUGGCGGGAAUCUGCAAAUGGAAACAUUGUAUCAGCAAUCUGGGAAGUGACAGGGUUAAUAACUCCUUCCCAGAAGCUGUAUCAUGAGAUUUUGAGGGGACCCAGCCCCGUUACAUGGAUGUGAACAGUGAGGAUCAGAGGUUUCAUCAGAACACAUUCGUUUUUUCUACCAACUCUCCAAGAGCAUGAGUAUAGGAGUGCCAUGAGCUUUUUGCUCAGCAGUUUUGUAAACUCCGUAUAUAAAAUCAGUAACCACACAUUGUGGGUGAUGGGAAGACGAUUUCAGCUGACAGAGUUAAUGGCAACCAAUAAUGGUGGCCUGUAGCUGCUAAGGGCUUCACGCAGGUUGGCCUGGGCUUUCACUGUUGGUGAAUUUAGAGUGUCCUUUUAGGUGGGGCGGCAUUUGACAUGGUGGGGGAAGUGAGGUUCGAGGAUGACGUAGGUACGUCUUCCCUCCCAAGUCCAUGUUCCAAGUGGCUAUGUAAAGCAAGAUGAUGCAGAAAGCUGCUCUAAAAUUUCACUGCGUGAUUUCAUCUUCGCCUACUAUGAAAUGUCUCAUCAGACCUGACAUGUCUGAGAUAACCAAGGUGAUUCAGGAUUUGAUCAAAAGAAGUCUAGUAAGAAUUAAUUACACAAAAGCCUCCUUUCAUUUCUAUGGGCCAAACAAAGGCCAUGGAUAACCCUACCUGCUUUAUGUCAUUACCAGUUGGGAAACACAAUGGCUACUUCUGUUAGGGGACAUUGACCUUGGUCAAGCAUCUUAAAGAAGGCAACCCUAAUUGACAGCUGUCUUGGCUAAUACUCUACACCACAAUUGUGAUGUCCUAGUCUUACCACUAGAGGGCAUGGCACAGCCUGGCAGAAGUUAAAAGGGGUGUGGCAGCUCCCAUCAGGUCUGGAGGUGGUCUAUAAGGGCAGUGGACAGUUGUGCAUUGGGAUGGGUGGAGAAGGACAAGAAGAGAGCAGAGAAUCUGCUGAUGUGGCUGCGCUUACUUUUAGUGACUUUAUGUGCUUAUAUUAACACCUGGAAAUAGGUUGUUGGGUUUUGAGCAGGCUGUUACAGUGAGGAAUGUUCAUUUUUAAAUGUUCCUAACAGAUUUUGCUUUGGAAAAAUGCUUGUUACAUGAAUAAUGUGUGGACCAGGGAUUGCUUUUCUGAAGGCAGUAUGGGGAAUAUGAAUAUUCAAGAUGAAAUACAAAAAUUAUGUUUAAGGGUCACAGUGUAUAAGUAGCUUCCUAGGAGACCCUUUGUGUGUCUUUUCAGACUGGGGUGGGGGCUGAGCAUGCUUGUGCAGAAAGAAGCCAAGGCCAAAUCUCUCCCCCACUCCCUUGCCCCAUAACCAAACAUAAGCUAGCUAGUUUUGUCUAAUAGAUGGGAUUUACUAUAGGUGAAGAUAGCCCUCAUAUUCAAGGACAGAAGCUCUGGCAGGAGUAAAUUAGGAAAGCAGAAAUAGUACCCCUUCAUUCUUGGAGGUGCUUUGAAACUUUAGGUAGAAUAAAGAUAUCAAAAUUAUGGAGAAUCCUUAGUGCUCAAUAACAUACGACAUGGUGUUAUUAGAACGAGUCUUUCUUAUAAACUAACAGAGCAGGUAUUUGCCCAUUAGAUCUUAGCUGUGGGGUUCCUUUACUAUUGGGUGAAUCAUUAGGUAUAAAAAAUAAUCAUCAACCAGGCAAAUUACUUUGCUUCCUAGCUGAUGUCAUCCCACGUUGGUACAGGUGUUAUACAGCUCUCACUGGUUCAGCAGGGAAGGUGGGUGGGACCAGUGUGUCUGUCAUGAAACCACUAACUGCAUUCCUGACUGAAGAGCCAUCUGUCGUUUAUUGGGGAAGGUCUUCAGUUGAGCUCUCAGCCUUAGGAAGGAAGCACGUGGAGGAGGGAGGGAGGAGGUCCCCUUGCUGGGCACGCUCCAUGGAGGGCCAGGAGCGGCAGGUUAUGUGCAUAUGCUGUUGCAGCACAAGCUUAUGCUUCCCGUAGCCGUGGCUUUUCAUUCUGCACAGUCCCAGGUCCCAGCUCCCCUCUUAUGGUUUCUGUCAUAAUGUGCUUUAUCUGAUUGACUCCAAACAUCCCGAAAUGUCACCUGCAGAUUUCUUGUGGGAACCAAUAUGUACAUGUUUGCAAUUAUGUUGUGAGAAUCUAAAUGUGUUAGAUGGAAAAUGCUAUUGGCAGGGAAUAAUAAUAAUAAAAAAAAGAAAAUCAUUCUGUUUCCUGCAGUGGGAACUGGCCAUGUAGUCUUAACAGUCUUUUGUACAAAUAUCUACAAAGCAGAUAAUAUCCCUAUCCAGUGCUUGCCCUUGGAAUUGUCUCUAAAUGCAUCAAGCAUACAAUAAAAAAGAAACUGAAAUUAACA